AUGUCGAUGAAUAGACGUUUGGAAUUCGGGAGGCCUGUGUCAAGUAAAAGAAGAUUGAAGGAUUUAUUGGUUCAAAAAGAUAAUCGUUUUUGUGCUGAUUGUGGCUCUCCGGAUCCUAAAUGGGCGUCAGCCAAUAUCGGAGUUUUUGUAUGCUUAAAAUGUUGUGGUGUGCACAGAAGUCUUGGUACUCAUAUAUCAAGGAUUUUGUCUGUGACAUUGGAUGAAUGGUCGGGUGAUGAAAUAGAUGCAAUGAUGGAAGUUGGAGGAAAUGCUUCUGCAAAUUCGAUCUAUGAGGCUUAUAUUCCGGAAGGAUACACAAAGCCUGGACCCGAUGCCAGUCAUGAGGGACGUGAAAAAUUCAUCAGGGCAAAGUAUGAGCGUCAAGAAUUUUUGAAACAUAGUCUGCGCAUUGUAUCAAACAAAAGCAAAAGCAAUCGUCAAUCAAGUUUCGCCAAAAAGAUUAUGGAUAGCUUUCGAACUACUAGUGGUUCAAAGAAUAUGGAAGGAAUGGUAGAAUUCAUUGGAAUGUUGAAAGUGAAAGUGGUCAAAGGCACAAAUUUAGCAAUCAGAGAUAUGAUGACAAGUGAUCCGUACGUUGUUUUAAAGCUUGGCCAACAGACUGUUCAGACAGCCAUAAUAAAGAGUAAUUUGAAUCCAGUCUGGAAUGAGGAACUUAUGUUAUCUGUUCCUGAGCAAUAUGGAACGAUAAGUUUGAAGGUAUUUGAUCAUGACUUGUUUUCGGCGGAUGAUAUAAUGGGAGAAGCAGAGAUUGAUCUUCAACCACUGAUAACAUCUGCAAUGGCAUUUGGAGAUGCUGGAAUGUUUGAUGAUAUGCAAAUAGGAAAAUGGCUGAAAUCAAAUGACAAUGCACUUGUAGAAGAUAGCAUAGUCAAUAUCAUUGAUGGUAAGGUUAAACAAGAUAUGUUAAUCAAGCUUCAGAAUGUUGAAUGUGGAGAAUUAAACUUAGAACUUGAGUGGUUAUCUCUUAAUCAUUAG